UGGAUAUAGACAAUGGUAACAACAGUAAUGAAUAUGAUGAUGCAUUCAACAAAGGAAAGGAAAGGAAAGGAAAGGAAAGAUUUUAGAUUCUCUAAUUUAAUCUUGAUUUCUUUUCCGAAAUUUCUAGGCCGAUUCCCGUAGAUUUAGAAGCUUUUCUUAACUUUUUUCUUUGAUUAAAUUUUCGCAAAGGACCCUUCUAUAUCAAUUGAAUUACAUUUAUACUCUUUUUUUUUUGUUCUUUUACCAAUCAAUUUGUAAAGAAAAUUUCUUCUACAUUCAUGUUUUACCUGGAUUACAUCGAUUGAUAAAUUUCUUUGUUUACAUCCAAGUAUAUAUCUAUUCGCUUCAAUUAAUUAUGGUAACGAUGUUGAUUAAGUCUAGAUGAUUAUCGGAACUCUAUCAAUAGAAAUUUUUAGUGCGUUCGCCUAAAAAUUUAAUAAAAGUUUGUACAUAUAUAUAUAUGUAUAUAUAUAUGUACAUACACACACACAUAUGUUUGCACAUAUACAAACAAAAGGCUGCUGGUAAAAAAGUUGGAAAGAACCAAAACUCAAGCCAAAAAAUAAAGGCGACAGGAUUGCUAUAAACAGCACCGAUUCAGGGACUUUAAAAUAGAAUUGUGUUUCCGGACAUUAUGAAAAAUGAGUGAAAUUCAAAAGAAACAAACUUCUGCUGCGAAUUUGCUCUUGGGCGCAGGCCUAAACCUGUUUGAAACCUCUUCUUUGGGUCAUCCGUUGGAAGUGACCAAGGUCCAAAUGGCCGCCAACCGUACCCAAACGAUGGAACAGGUCUUAAAGUCAAUUCUUUCGCGUGGCGGCAUCCUUGGUUUUUAUCAAGGAUUAAUUCCCUGGGCUUGGAUCGAGGCUUCCACCAAGGGUGCCGUACUUCUCUUUACUUCGGCUGAGUUGGAGUACUGGGGACGCCGUGCUGGUUUCUCUUCCACCGCCGCUGGUGCUUUAGCAGGCAUGGGCGGUGGUAUUGCCCAAGCGUAUGCUACUAUGGGCCUUUGUACUUGUAUGAAAACCGCCGAGGUCACUCGUGCCAAGCAAGCUGCCACCGGAGUCCCUGUCCCUAGUACUUUCCGUGUCUUUGCCGAUUUGUACAAAGAAAAGGGCAUCCGUGGUAUCAACCGAGGUGUCAAUGCUGUUGCCCUUCGCCAAAUGUCCAAUUGGGGUAGCCGUUUUGCUCUUUCUCGCUUUUUUGAAAAACCUAUCCGUUAUUUGUCUGGAAGCAAGGAUUCAGACCCCUUGACUCCCGCACAGCGAUUUGUUGCUAGCGUAACCGGUGGUGCUUUGAGCUGUUGGAACCAACCCGUUGAAGUCGCUCGUGUAGAAAUGCAGAGCUUAAGCAAUGGCUCUCAAAAUUCCUCAAGAGGUAUUGUUGCCACGAUCCGUUCUGUUUACGACAGCAAUGGAAUUAAAGGCUUGUAUAGAGGUGUCGUUCCUCGAAUGGGCCUUGGUGCAUAUCAAACUGUCAUAAUGGUCUUUUUAGCAGACAGUAUUCGCUCUUUUUUUGAUCAAGAUUAACCCUUCCCUUGAUCUUUGUUGUCCUGCGGCCUUUUACUUUUCCUCCUUGGGUAUAAUAUUGCCGCCUCAUACCCAAUCGAUCUUUUUAUCCCCUUAUUAUCAAGUAAUAACUCCUUUCUGGAUAUCCGUUUGAGUAGUUGAAUGUCGGUAUUCUCUUUUAUUUGCAUUUCUUUUAUUGUUCAGUAGAUGAAUCGCCUGAUUCAAUUUUAUUCUAUCGCAACCUCUGUCAUUUGGAUAGUUUUUACAAAAAUAGCAUAAAGAAACUUUAAUUAGAUUCUAU